AAGGUCGAUCACCUUCUCUAGCCUCCUCGAUGGACGCAUUCCAAAACAUCCGUUCGUAGAGUUUGCUGUUAGCGCGAGGAACGACGCGAACUGGCGAACGUCUGUGGCAUGUGGUUCCCGAUUUGAACGACACCUCCGUUGUGAAACGUGGGAUCAAUCGACGAAUGAUCCGCGAAUGAUUUCCGCGAGUAGGAGCGGGCAUAUCAACGGAAUCCCGAACGCCAAGUUAGUCCUACCUAUCCUACAAGCAACAGGUCGUCGUGUCGUCACGGAGCAGCUUCUCCUGGGAGAUUUCUCGCUGAUGGAGGGAGCAUUGGUUCCAGACGUUCAGGAGAGCCUACAAUCAAGGUCAUAACCAAGCGAAAUCGCGGAGGUACGUCGCAAAGGAGGAUGACCGUCGUGGAGACGUGAGGUCCGCGAAUUAUGGAGUCGGUAAGCCAUCGCAACGUGCUUCUCGGCAACGGUGGUGAACGCACGCGCCUCCUCGGAGACCCCUCGUGACGUUGCGAGAGACACGCACGGCAGGCAGGCAGGUGGACAGACAUGCAUCAGAACAGGCGAAAGAAGAAGCGGGUGAACUACGGGGUGAGGGCGGUCGAGGUGGUUCGCGGCACGAAGGGCUUCGGCUUCACGAUAUCCGGGCAGCAGCCGUGCAUUCUCAGCUGCAUCGUUCAAGGCAGCCCGGCGGAGAGCGCCGGCUUGCGCGCCGGCGACUACCUGGUCGCCGUCAACGGCCACAACGUCAGCAAGGUGCCACACGACGACGUGGUGCAGCUGAUCGGGAGUUCCAAGGGCAUCCUGCGGCUGCAGAUCGCCGAAAACUAUUACUCCGACUCCUCGGAUGAGGAGGGCCUGGCCACCGUAAGAUCCAAGCCCAAGUACGCGCACAAGCCGCGGGCCGUUAACGCGGGUGCUUUGCAGUUGCAAUGCAGGGCAGCGAAGGUUGUCAGAGAUCUCCAGAGCGGCGCGAUGUUCCACACAGUCCCGGCCGGCCUAGCGGUGCCCGAACAAACUAAAGAUCAGUACAAUUAUUCUGGCUUGCAUUAUCGCUGGAACAUGACGAGCCCGCUGCCUCCUCCACCACCACCGGUGUCUCAUAAGCGCGACUCCGAAAAAAUCGUGCACAGAACGGUCGUCGGUUAUCUUGGUACUAUCGACAUACCGAAUCAGUUGCAUCCGUCCUCUAUGAUGCAGGUUUUGAGAAAAUGCAUUAAAAGACUGAAGGCUGAGAAGCGAAAUCCAACUACCGUUCUUCUCACCAUCCACGUUGCCAAUAUUAAACUUACCAAUUCGGAGAAUCGCAUUAUCGCCGAGUACCCUUCGUAUAGAAUAAUAUUUUGCAAUUCCUUUUCUGAGCAAGAUAAACAGUAUUUUGGAAUAUUAACCAAGUCUAUGAGGAACACCGACGACAUUGUCUCAAACUCGUGUCACGUUUUCACUAUUUAUUACAAGUUAAUCGACCAUGAGGUGCAUUCUAGUGCAUGUAACGUGUUUGGAUUUAUGUGCACGAAAUCAUCGCAGCUAAACGUCUGCCAGGAGUUCCCUGACAGUUGUACAAGCCUUAUCGGUGCCAUACAGACAUUGUAUAUAUCCGAUUGCACAAAUGGGGAUACGAAUCCUUAUAACGAAGCGCGCUUACGCCUGGACGCUGCUUCUCCUCAACCGAGCAACAUUAGCACAUCGACCGCUCAUUCGAGCAACAGUGAUUCCGGAAUUGGUUUUAAGGACGAUUACGGCAGUUGCUCGGGUAAAAACAAUGCAAACGACGGCGAACGAAGGAGGCAAUAUUCUUCCAAUAUGCAAUAUAGGAACGUAAGCGCGCGACUAUCCAGAGAAUCUGUCAAUGAGGCUGCGGGACACCGAUUGACAGUUCGCGCGAUCUCCGAGGCGAGAUUGUGGAAUGAGGAAAUAAAAUUUGAUCCUUCUGAAGAGAUGCGACACGUGGCGGGGAGUGGGGAAGGUACGACCACCACCUGCACCGGAACAUCUGCCCCUGUUGCGACGGGACGUACCAUGUUGGCCAGUACGUCCGUUGGAUCCCUCGCGUCCGUUUGCACCACGGCGCUGCUCGACGGUAUCGAGGACGCCGCGGAAUCGUCUAAAGUGGCGUCGACGGAAGGACUGCAACAUCUCAUGGACACUACGAACAAGCUCAGCCCGAAGGUGUACUGCGGCCAGGUUACGAAAUCACUGGUGCAUAGCCUGGAGGAUAUCAAUUCCAGCAUGGAGUACGCACGGCCGACCUACUGCCACUCGUAUUCUGGCAAAUCGGAUAAGCCUCGACCUUGGGGAAGUCUGCAGGAGAUACGGAAUUUUCGCAGCAGCGUCUCAGACAAUUGCAUAUAUGGUAGUACUGAGUCCUGUGACAAAAAUAAUGACUGCAAAGGAGUGCAUACAUGGGCAAGUGCAUUUGAAAAACUGUUGGAGGAUCCAAAGGGCUUGCAAACAUUUGCUGAGUUUCUCAAGAAGGAAUUUAGUCAUGAAAAUAUUUAUUUUUGGGCUGCUUGUGAAAGAUAUAAAGAUACUAAAGAUACUGCUAUGCGUCACCGAUUAGCUUGCCAAAUAUAUCAGCGCCAUUUGUCCAAUACAGCCGCCGAGCCAGUAAACGUUGAUAGUCAUGCGUCCGGACAAAUUACUCAAGAAUUACUCGACGAAGCACCCGCGGAUUUAUUUCUGCAGGCUCAGAAACAAGUAUUCAACCUAAUGAAGUUCGACAGUUAUCCGAGAUUUUUACGAUCGGAACUUUAUCGUGCCUGUUUGGAAGCGGGGAGCGCCAUUGUUGAUACAGAAGACUGUGAUCUACACCUUACAAGCUCGCCUAGCAUAAAAUUAAAGAAGAGUCACUCAGAUGCGGAAGAUCGUUGUCGAAAAUCAAUUCUUCCUUGGAACAGAAAAAAUAGAUCUAAAUCAAAAGAUCGUGGUGAACAAGAGUACAAUAAAGCCCCUAGCCGAAGUGAAACUAUAUACAAAAGUUUUACAGUCAUUAAAAGAGAAACGGAAGGUAACAAUAACGAAGAUAGUGUGUCAAUAUCUAGCAGUCGGUCAUCGUUAGCGUCGUGGGAUUUGGCGUUACGACAGUCGUUUAAUAAACAUUCUGUAUCGUCUUGCGAUGGGCAAACAAACGAAAAGAGAGAUGCUCGCAGCAAAUGUACGGGUUUAUGUCGAGUCAUAUUACCCGAUGGGUCUACUACUGUAGUGACAACCAGCCAAACUGAGAGCAUUAAAGAUGUGGUUACCCGUCUUCUUGAUAAACGAGCUCUACGAUAUUCUAAUUAUGAUGUUCUGAUACUAGCAACGGAUGAGAUGGUGGACACAAAAUGUUUUUCGUCAGUAUUAGCAGGCCAGGAAGUGGAGGUCGUUCUCACAAAAGUUUUAAAAGUAGAACUACCUUCGCGAAGGAUAAUAAGCGUUAUUGCUCACAAGGGCAAAACUCUGAAAGAAGUUUUGAGACCUCUUCUAAAUAAAUACGGUUUCAAUUUAGACUUAAUUAGUAUUUGGAGCGAAGGCCGUUGUGUUCCUAUGGAUAUUAUGGCUAUUAAUGCUCCUACACGUAUUACUAUAGCGGCGAAUGAAGAAGAUUUUCAACGGGAAUUGCAUACUGCCAAGUAUUUAGAUGAAGUGCCACAUGCACAACCAACUCUAGAUGAAAUUACUAAUAAAGUAUUUGAGGAGCUUCUAGUUGGGAAGAGUAGAAAUAAAUAUCAGUAUAGUGAAGGGUCAUGUAAGUCGGACGAUCAACGCUCGGAAGGAUCUUCCAUAUUAUCUAGUAAAUUUUUUCUUCGGGAUUCGACAAUUCAUGGGAAGAAGAAGGCAAAAUCUAAAAGUUGUAACACAAGUGAGAAGGGUAACGAUUGUAUACAUGAGGGAGCACCCAUUAAAUCCCAGGCACCACUUAUCGCCAAGUGGCGCAAUGGCGUAAAAUUACAGCUUCCAGGCAGAUUUGACGGAGAUGAUUUAUAUGAGGGAUUGAAAAGGGCGCAAAGAUCGAGAUUAGAAGAUCAGAGAGGGACGGAAAUCAAUUUUGAACUACCAGAUUUUUUAAAGAACAAGGAGAACGGGAAACCAUCGGAUUCUAAGUUGCGAAGAACUCGGGUGGUGUCGGCUAAUUGUGAGAGCACUGCGAAGUUCUACGAUUCUAGCGAGGAUAAACAGAGCAGUAGCGGAUACGAAUAUUCCGCGCAUGUGACAAACGGAACCACGAACGAACGAUUCUCAGCAUUGGUUAAUAUUACUGAGCCUUUAAGUAAGUGCCUUGAUAAUUCGUUUACUUUAGAUGGUGAUAGGACAUUGGUGGACGGAGAUCAGACAAUUGUCGAGAACGGCACUGAUUCCCCGUCGAAGAGUUCGCACUCAGGAAGCUUUGGGAGCACGGACCUAUCGCAUACGAAAUUGUCGAAACCUCCACCGUUACCGCCGAAGCCCAAAAAUCUCGUUGUGAACGUGGUGAAGAGCGGAUACAUCGCGUCACCGAAAAGUCUGCAAAGGCCUAACCAUGUGAUCGAAUGAAACGACCGAUGUAAAAAGAAAAAUAUUUUUUAGUUAACUUAACGUUUCGUUUUUAGCGUAGCAUUUCAUGUGAUGUCACGAGUAACCGUUUGAAAACGACACGGUAUGAUACCUGAGAAAAAUUCUUUCAUUACGUUUAUGAAUUAUUAAAGGGAUUAGGGGGCUUCGUGUAGGUGUUUAUACCUGGACGGAGAAUACAGGCCUUUAUUUAUCGUAUUCCCCUAUUAUGCAUUUUUCUAUAUUCGCAUUCCGCCACUUAGAUUUUAUCUCGAAAACGUUGUGUCUUGUCUGUGCCUUGAGUCUAGAAUGCUAUUGAAUGUUUUAAAGAACAUUUUAUUUUGUUUUUUUAUAUGUAUCGUGUUCAUUUUACAUUGAUAUUGAAUUUAAUGUAAUGACAUUUCACUUUUUUAUGACUGUCUUUUUAUCUAAAUUUUAUCUAAAUUAAUAAUAAAAAAUAGAUACAAUGAUUAUAUUUUUCUUAUAAUUGGUAACUAUGGAUUCUAUUCUAAUCUACACACACACCUCAUGUAUGCCUUAAUUUUAUAAAGGUUGAAAAAUUAUAAGUUAAGUGAAGGAGUAUGAGGUAACAACGUAAUUUGUUGUGAGAAUUUGUAUCUUUCGAUAAGAUACAAUAUUAUAUUUUUUUGUUAUAUUUUUUUACUUUUGUUAGUAGGAUUGCUGAACAACGAUAGCAUUCUAGGAUCAGAUUAGAUAUGUAAUAGUAAAUGUACACAUGAUAUAUAUUUAAUAUUUUAUAUAUCUGAGUUUUUUCACACAAACUGUCUUGAGAAACGUGAAAAGUCCAGGUGACGACUAUGCGCUUAUUAGGUGAUUAUAGAUGAACGAUUGUUAAUAAAAAAAAGAGUAUAUGCUUUAAAAGAGCACAGUAGGAUAAAGAAAUGGGAACGAUCUAUAUAUUUUUUCAGUAUUUCGAAUAAUUUUAAUAAUUAAAUAUAAUUUCUAAAAAGAUCGCGUCCUGUAUGGUAAUUUUGAUAAAACUUACGCACGCUGGAAGAAAAAAUGAAAAAAUUACGUGCGUCGUUUCGUAAUAAACAGAAGAUACUCAUCAUAGGGUGAAUUGUGCGAGACAAAUUCAUUUAUAUAUCAUAUUGGUGGGGCAUCUAUUGUGACAUGCUAAUAUAUUGUAUUAUACGAUUGUCUAAAUUAGGCAAACUAAUAAAUUUUUUAAAUUUUAUAAGAAAG